CCUAUGAAAAACUGAACAGGGGAUAGAAAACUCGUUUUCGAAAUGGUUUCUUUUCGAUUGUUCACUGCAGUUCUCACUCUAACAUUUUAUUUUGACUUCAUUGAAGCCACCCAUAAUAAAUGUGCUACUGAAGUUUGCAUGGACAGUAAGAUUGAUAUUAAUAAAGAACUGAGAGAAAGAAUAAAUUUUACAUCUGGACCAGAGGGAUUCCGAGUUCGCUUCAAACCCGGGCUCUUUAGUUUUGGAUGCAGCUACUUUUACAUGUACAAGGCUUGCGUACCCACGGGGUUGGAUCCAUGUAUUCCCAUAGAGUAUCGAAACAGAGUGAAGGAAUUUUUUGAAGCUUAUGAAAACAUCGCAUGUACCAAAGCUGAUAGGUUGGACAAAUUGAUUGACUGUAUGAAUAAUGAAAAAGUCCAGAAAAUGUUUUUUGAGGACCUGGUGUUUGAAGGUUUUUCUCUUUUGACUAAAAUGAAAACAAAUGAUUCGGACGUAUGCAGUGAAAUGAAGUCGGGUAUCAGUGCCACCGUGACAAAACUCUCGGCUUAUUGUGAUCAUGAUGGUCUGCGAGCUUUGCUACAGUACAUGAACGAGUUGGCAGAAGAGUUACAAGAUGUUUUCCAAAUGGUUGAAAGUAGAUCGGAAUAUAAAGAAAUUUGCUAUGACGAGUUUAUGGAAGUGACAUCAACAGCCCAGAGUCCCCUUACCCGACGAGCUUCAGUUGUAGAGACCUCCAGGAUCCUUCGAUCCCUGAUUGGCCUCUAGUUUCAGCUCUUUGUUUUCUCAUAAAAGCAAUCAAAUAAAGAAUAAAAAUUAAUAUUGCACAAGAUAA